CUGAAAUACUAUUUUAUUUUUAUGGAAUCCUAAAUACGUGAAAUGGCUACACUAAGUUCAAUACCAUCACAAAAAUCGAAAAACGGCAAAAAAUUCUGUUGGUAAACAUAUGCGAAAAAACGUUGGCAAUUAAUGCACCACCAUGUUAUCAGUAGACUUGAGUGAAUGCAAUCUUCCUGAACUGACCCAGGCAUUUUGAAUGGAUUCCUGCGACUUACCUGUGCUGAGAUAGAGAUAAGCACCUGCAGCUGCCGUUGAGUCAUCAACCAAAUAAGCCAAAAACAAGAGCAACAGAGCAGCCUUGGAGCCGUACGUUAGCACCACCACCCGCCUCCAGGAAGAGAGCAGUAGUAGUAGUCCCAGGUGAGAGGCAAGGCGUAGUCUCCAGUUGGAUGGCGUAAGCCGAUCCAACAGCCACCCCCACCGACAAACUCAUUACUAUCUAACGAUACGCGUCGCUGACUAAGCUCGAAGCACAGACAGGGAAGGGUAGAAAUGGAAGACUACAAGUUCCUGUUUAAAAUCGUCCUUGUGGGGAACGCUGGCGUUGGGAAGACCUGCCUGGUGCGGCGCUUCACUCAAGGGCUGUUUCCUCCGGGACAGGGAGCCACUAUUGGUGUGGAUUUUAUGAUUAAGACUGUGGAAGUUGAGGGGGAAAAGAUUAAGCUGCAGAUCUGGGACACGGCCGGACAGGAACGAUUUCGCUCCAUCACUCAAAGCUACUACCGAUCGGCUCACGCUCUGAUCCUCGUUUACGACAUCAGCUGCCAGCCCACAUUUGACUGCCUGCCCGACUGGCUACGCGAAAUCCAGGAGUACGCCAAUUCCAAGGUUCUCAAAAUCCUUGUGGGAAACAAGACGGACCGGGAUGAUCGCGAAAUUCCUACACAAAUCGGCGAGGAGUUUGCCAAGCAACAUGACAUGUAUUUUCUAGAGACAUCCGCCAAGGAGGCGGAGAAUGUGGAGCGACUGUUUUACGAGAUCGCCGCCGAACUAAUUGGCCAGGCACGAAGUAAGGACGGAAGCAGUGCUGCAGCAGCGGCGGCAGCUCAUCGACAGUCGGAAGGCAGUUCUAUAGGUCUUGGGAGUUUCAGUGCCAAAGCAGCCCAAAGCAAUUGUUGUGGUGGAGGGGCAGCUGGAAGCGUUGGUUCUAACUCUAGUCAAGCAGGCUAAAGAUGGGGCCAAACGGGAAACUAAGAAAAGUUUGAGUAUACAUAGUUUAGACUUAAUCGUGAUAUUCCAUUGAUCUUUUAAGAUCUUUAAGAAUUUAUAGUUUUUUUUACACCCCUCGACUCGACAAGAUCGCCUCUAUUCUAGAUACCUUAUCCAUUUUACUAAACAAUUUUAUUUGUAAUACUUUUUUGAUUAUUUUUCUAUGAAGUGUUCCACUAUUUAGAUACAACUUAGAUUCACUAACGAUUUUAUUUUAAGUUCCGAUUCCGAAUAUCACGAUUAAAUCCACUCCAAAACUAAAUGUCAAUGACUAUGGAUGCUAUAUAUUUGUGUUAAGAAAAAACUCCAUUGGAUGUGUAGACUUAAAGCGCCUGAUUUUCUUGAUUAGUAUUAUUAAAACGUAUUAAUUCCAUUGUGGAUUAGUUACCAAGUGAGCAUCACAUGCAGUGCUUCAAUGAAUUAAUGAUAUCAGCAAUGCUAUGCACAUAGUUCUGUUUUAUUAAAAUUGUUUCUUACUUGUAUAUUUUAUAAAUUGUAUUUUUUUAUAUAUAUACAUUUUGCAAUAUACAUAUUUAUUUAGUUAUUUUUAAAUUUUAUGAUUAAUGUGCAAUUUUAAAUGGUACUCAGAAUAGCAAGUAAGGUGAUUUUAUGACAUUCCAAAAAUUAAAUAUGUAGUUGAAAUAAUGAGAUAGGUCAGGAGGAUAAAUGGAAGACAAGAAAUAAAAAUAAACUACUAUUGUAAUUAAA